CAAAAAUGGGCUGCUCCUGAUGCGCCCGUGCGGCUGGAUGAGGGGGUGAAGAACCGCCCCGUGCGCCUGACUCCUGGAACUUCUGCGCUUUUUCAAAGUGAAUAGAUCACUGACCCGGCGCUAAAAACGAGCAUGUGACCAGCAGUCCCUCAAGUGGGUUUUAGACACAUACCGACAUCCUCAGCACUCACGUCGUCGUGCUUCCUGUAGACAGCUACAAUGCCUCUGCUGGUGUUCCCCACUUCCCAGGUGUUUUGGGUGCGUGUUGCCGCCCUGCUCUUCACCUGUGUAGCUUUCAGUGUUGCAGCACAUGGUGCAGAACUGGGCGGAGGAGGAAUGGCUGACUGGUGCAUCUUCUGCUGGGCCUUCAGUUUUGCCUGCACUCUGCUGGUCCUGCUGGUGGAGCAGUGUGGCCUCCAAUCCAGAGCCCCCGUAUCCUGGUCCAACUUCCCCAUCACCAUUGCGAGCUAUGCUACCCUCCUCUGCCUCUCUGCCUCCAUCAUCUUCCCGCUGUAUUUUCUCAAAGAUUCAAGAUACCACGGAGAGAGGCGGGAUCACCGCAUUGUGUCCACGGUCUUCUCCUGCCUAGCCGCUGUUGCGUACAUGGGUGAGGUCAGUCUGACCAAAGCAAGACCAGGAGAGGUGGCAGGCUACAUGGCUACAGCCCCAGGCCUGCUGAAGGUGUGUCAAACAUUUGUGGCCUGUGUGAUCUUCAUCCUGAUCAGUGAUCCAGUGUCCUAUAACCAGCACGCGGCACUGAAGUGGUGCAUGUCUGUGUACUGUAUCUGCUUCAUCCUCUCCAUGGCGGUGGUUGUGCUGUGUGUGGCGGAGUGGACCAGCUGCCUCCCGAUCCCCUUCUCUAAAUUCCUGUCAGGAUAUGCCCUCCUGGCUAUGAUCAUGUACCUGACAGCGACAAUUAUCUGGCCAAUCUUCCAGUUCGAUAAGAAUCACGGGAGGGGAAGUUCUUCAACGAGCCUCAUCACAGCUUCGGUGCUCACAGCUCUCAACUUCCUGCUCUACCUUGCUGACCUGACUUACACCACCAGACUUGUGUUUGUCAGCUCCUAACCAGGAAGUCUUUCAGCAUGGAUCAAAUGAGAGCUCGUAACCAUUGGGAUUAUUUGAACUAAAUCCUGGCUCCAUGAAGAUCUGGGAUGUUCCAUGGGAGGUGAGGUGAUGCUCUUCAUGUUAGCUCCGUACAGUUGAGGUGAAUACACUGUUCUCUUUAUUGUUCUGUUGUUGUGUGCGCAUGUGUUGAAAGUAUGUCUUCAUCGACCCCAAGUGUGAAUUUUUGUGUGUUGCUUUGUAGCAUUUUCCUUCUGGCGCAGUCUUGUUGUAUUAAUCAUCAUUCUUUGAUAAAUAUGUCCAACAUGAAUAAAGUAAUGGUGAAUCAUGUCCAAGCUGAAGUAGUAUUCAUGAAUAUAAGACACAUUUGCAGGAGAUGUAAGUGUUGGAGUCCAGACAUUGUUGAGACCGGAGCAUAUAGAGACAAAGACCAGUGAGGGGCAGAAACCAAGAGCUCAAACUGACCAAGACUAUAUUCGGUUCAGACUCAGCUGCUCACCAAGAUGCUGCAUUUGAAACUGUAGCUUUGUUGCAGCACCCCCUAGUGGCAAAACAAAACCCAUUGAACUUGUGAAUUGCAUGUUACACAACCACCUUCGUGGAUGCCAUCUUUUUUAACAUUAAUAUUCAGCUC